AAUGGAUCGGCCCAAUUAUAAAUAACUGGGCUCUGUAACCGCCUUCUUCUACUUCCCGGCCUUCCGAAUCGUCUCGAAGUAUCCAUGGCCGAAUUUCGUUUCUCUGAGGUUUGGAAGCCAUAACCUCAAGGUCAAGCAUUAUCACAGAGAAGCAGCCAAGACCGAGGGAAGAAGACAGCCUUCUAAAUCAUCUUCUCAGUUCGACUUUUCAACUUCAUUCUCCAGUCUCCGGUUCUCCGUUUUCAUGGAGUUACAGCAAGAGCAAACUCCGUCAGGAUCCAUAGAAGAUUGCUUGAAGCUCUUGAAGGGAGAGAAAGACGAGCAGCGUCUUGCUGGCCUUUUCUUAGUUACUAAAAUUUGCAAGGUCGAUGACCUUGCCUCGCUUUCUAGAGUUUACAAUGCCAUUGGGGCGAAGUUUCUUGAUCGGCUUCUGAGAACUGGAAUGGGUAAAGGAACUGUCAGUGGACCUGGAGAAGAUAAUCGCGAUGCGUAUUUGCAGCUAUCUGUUAGGAUUCUGGCAGCGUUUUGUCAUGUUCCUGAGAUUGCUGCUUCAGAAGAGAUGGUCUCGAAGAUUCCACUGAUAUUGGAAACCCUAUCCAAUCAGUGCGUCCGCUAUCAGAACUUUUUAUUGGCUACAUUUCUGCAUCAUUCAGUUUAUUGUUGGUCAGGAUCUUCUGUUUUGGAGGAGUGUCUUGAAUUUCUGUAUCUGGUAUUAACUACCUCUGAUGCUGGAGUGACGGCUCUUUAUGGAUCUGGAAGCCUGAAAAUUUUAGCUUCUUGGAUGUUGACAAUGGCAGAUGGUUCUAAUCCAAUGAAGAUUUCCAUGCGACUUGUUCAAUUGAUCAUUAGUAAGAUUUCUCUGGACGUCAUCGUCACCAACUGUUUGCCUGAAGUAUCAAAUAUUGUUGUCGUUAUUGCGAGGCAAUUUGGAGUGUCCCAUGAUGCUAUGAAGUUCGAAGCCCUUCGCCUGCUUUCAGCCACCUUGUCUUCAAAUUUGACACCACUUUAUGAUGCCCUUCGUCAAGUGCCCUCUGAUGUUUGGGCUAAACAUUUGCGUGAUGGAGUUUCAGCUAUUCUUCAUAACCGCACAGCACCUGCUGAAAAGCUUCAGGCUCUUAGUUUGGCAGAGUCCAUGGUAUCUAUUCUAGGAGAAGGUUGGCUGAUUGGCGAAAUAGAAUUACCUGAUGUUCGAGAUGCUAUUCCAUCUGACAGAUGUCUAAUACUUGUCUUAGAGCAGUCAAGAGUUGAGAUUGCUGUGAUGUUGAAUGAACUGGCCUAUACGAAAUAUGAAGCUUCCAAGAAUUCCUCCUUGAAGGAAGAUAUCAUCUUAAAGCAACGUAAUGUUGCUAUUGCCUUCUCUUUGGUGGAAAAAAUAAUUAAGUUAAUAUCAAAUGUCAGUGAAGACCAAGGGGAUCUUAUCAACGAAAACACACUGAUGAGAGUGAUUAGAGGGCUUAAUGAGACUACUGGUGUUGUGCUAGAAUAUUUGCAAGAUGCAAAGGAGCAUGGACAACGAAAAGGAGAUGACAUUUUAGCAUCUGUACGGGUUAUUGGGAGCUUUCUUGCCCAAACCCCCGAUGCAUGGACAGAAAAAGUUCAGGAACUCUUGGAUUAUAUGCUCUCUGUUGAAGGUGAAGAUGAACAGAGCCCCUUCAACUCUGUAUGCUUCUUGCUUCCCAUGCUAUGUCAAAUAACAAUGAAGGUUGAAGGAUGUAAAAUUUUGGUUUCUUCUGGAGGUCUUGCAGCUGUUGUGAAAUGCCUUAUAAAUUUGAUUCACAAGCAUGGUGGGUGGAUUGACGAUGAUGGAUCCAUCUUCUUGGCUUGUGAUACAAUCUUGAAUGUCCUUCUGAAGAAAGAGCUAGCUGGACUUCUAUGUGGCGAAUCAUCUUUUAUUCUCCUGCUGGAAGCAAUUGCAACUUCGACUGAGGAUACCAAAGAGCCAUCUGUUAUCAUGAUGGCUGCCAGCAUAUGUGCGUUAAUAUUUGAUUUCACGUCAGAGAAUGCUCUUCUAAGCAAUCCUAGUUUUGCUGAUAAAUCCCUUGAUAAGUUAUGCCGACUCUUUUCAAGAAUCUUCGCUUUGUCUAGACAGCAGAGCAUGAACAACGAUGGAAUGGCACAGAUGGAUGACCUUCUCGAGAUUACCAGUGCAGGAUAUUCUCGAUGGGGAGAUAGAUUCCCGCGUGUUCAAAAGGCCAUUGGCUGGUUGCGGUAUUCCUGAGCAUUGCAUCCUUGUGAUUAUUGGUAAUGAACAAAGGAAAUCCUGUGCUUGCUUUUCUGGCCAUUAAUUAGUAUAAUAUGUGAAAUUAGGGUUUUUGAAAUGUUUUAGGAAAUCCUAUACAUGCAUGCAGCCUGCAGCAAGCUAUAUUAUUAUUUUUGUGGGAAUUUUUCUAGUACACUUUCAGGCACUUUCGUUUCAUGGUUAUAGUUCAUUUAAUAUAUAUAUAUAUAUGUAUGUAUUUGUAAUUUUACGAAAAUUUAUGAGAUUCUCUCCAAUGAAA